CAAAAAAAAAUUUUUUUAACUUAAAAAAAAAAAGAGCAGAGGGGUGUCACCUACCACAAGAAUCUGGUGAGAAGAGCUAGUGGUCCAGGCCGGGGCAAGCUGGGUGUGAGAGGAGGGGACUGACUGUGGGAGGAGAAAGUAGGCAAAAGUCACACCUGAAUUUCUGCCUCCUAGAGGAAUCUUGGCCCUGGGAACAGUGCACCUCACUAAGUAUGAGGUCAGGAGAUGGCCCCUGGUACUGGGUGUGAUAUAGCCAAGUUUCAUACUCAUGCCAGGUGUCACCCCGACAGAUACAGGUUGUUUUGUUCAUUCAUUUGGUAGGCCCACCCCCUUGGGCACAGGAAGCAACUGAGGAAUGUAUGAGGGUUCCUAUGAGGAAUGGGGUCCAGGCUGCUGAGAGAAGAAAUUGUGGCCUGCUACUCAGGACAGUGGCAAAAGAAAAUAAGAAAUAAGAAAUAUGCAUCUGGGGGAUAACUAGAGUUAGGGUGGACCUGGAGUAGUUGGCUGAGGGGUCUAGAGAUAAAGACUGGAGUCACACACACAGGGUUGAGGAUGUGCAAAAUUCUAAUCACUGUUGAAAUGUGGUAUGAGUACCAGAGGUUCAUAAUACUAUUCACCAUUCUUGUGUAUAUGUUUGAAAAUUUCCAUAAUAGAAGGUCACAAGAGAUUAAAAAGAAAAAAGUGUGACUAUGUAUCUGCAUGUGGUAUGUGUGUACCCUGCCAUGGAUGUGGACUCAGUUCAGAGACCUCUGAGUGCCAGAGUGCAGACAUGGGAGUCCACCACCAUGGGCACGUAUUGCACAAACUGCAACCUCCCUGCGGUUGGGGACAGCACUUGUGCAGGGCAGGGGGAGAAGCAUUUGCUCUGUGCAGACCCUCCAUAUUCAUCUCAGUAUCUUGCAGAGUGAUUCCCCUUUCAUGAUCACAACCUGCCCAGGCCAUUGGCGCUGUAGUGUCUAUGUUACCAAGUAUGUGAGACAGGGCAGCUGUGUGCCCGAACUUGUGACAGUAUGUGUUGGUGUGUGAACACGGCUGUUCGUGUGUGAAUGCCAGGCACUGAGUGUGGAUGUGGGGGGCACGACUUGUGGGUGUGGCGGGGCCCUGGUCCAGAGUCCAAUGGUGUUAGACUCCUCACUCUCCUUCGAACGAUUCCUGGCAGCUCUCCAGCGCCCCCUCCUCCCGUUCUGGCAGUGUGGAGGGGGAACACCUGUUGGGGGGCUGGGAGCGGCAGAGCCCCGGGGGGCCUCUCCCCCCGCGCCCCCGCCCGCCCUGCCCCUCUCCGGUCCCGCCCCCGCGGCCGCCGCCAGCAGAGCGGCGCGUGAGCGCACCGCGGCCAGAAGAGCGCACCGCUGCGGGAGCGCACGGCUGGGGACCCCGCGCAGGGAGCAGAGCCGAGGUAGGGGCUGCCCGAGAGGCGGGCAGAGCAGAGGGAACGCCGUGGAGACGCCGGGGGCACCGGGGCGCGCCAGGCUGGCGGCCCUUUCCUCGGGGCCCCGCCUGGUGCCAGCCCCCCCACCAGCGGGGGGACUGCGCCUGGAAGCUGUAAUGGAGGCCCUGCAGAGGCAGCAGGCAGCCCGACUGGCCCAAGGGGUGGGGCCAUUGGCCCCUCAACGCCCAUUGCCACCACCACUACCUCCCUUGCCUGGCCCUCGGACCCUGCAGGCCCCUGAAGGGGCCUUGGGGGAGGUUGGGACUGAAGAAGAGAAGGAUGCGGAAGAGGAUGAGGAAGGGGAGGAAGCCGGGGCAGAGGAGGAGGCAGCCGAGGAGAGCCGUCCAGGGACCCGGGGCCCCAGCUCACCUUCAAGUCAACCCCCUGGACCUCAUCCCCAUGAAUGGACCUACGAGGAACAGUUCAAGCAGCUGUACGAGCUUGAUGCAGACCCCAAGAGGAAGGAAUUUCUGGAUGACCUGUUUAGCUUCAUGCAGAAGAGGGGGACGCCAGUGAACCGCGUGCCCAUCAUGGCGAAGCAGGUGCUGGACCUGUACGCGCUGUUUCGCCUGGUGACAGCCAAAGGCGGCCUGGUGGAAGUCAUCAACCGCAAGGUGUGGCGGGAGGUCACGCGCGGCCUCAGCCUGCCCACCACCAUCACGUCGGCAGCCUUCACUCUACGCACCCAGUACAUGAAGUACCUGUACCCGUACGAGUGCGAGACGCGGGCGCUCAGCUCCCCAGGGGAGCUCCAGGCAGCCAUCGACAGCAACCGGCGCGAGGGCCGUCGUCAGGCUUACACCGCCGCCCCGCUCUACGGCUUAGCUGGGCCUACACCUCGGGGUACUCCCGGCCAAGUCUCCGUUCCUGGCCCCGCCCCGCCCACGCCCAGCCCACGCCCUGCCCAGGGCUCCGCCUCCGGCCUGCCUGCUCACGCCUGCGCGCAGCUGAGCCCGAGCCCCAUUAAGAAAGAGGAAAGCGGAAUUCCAACCCCUCGACUGGCACUGCCUGUGGGCCUGGCUUUGGGACCUGCAAGGGAGAAGUUGGCACCAGAGGAGCCCCCAGAGAAGAGGGCUGUGCUGAUGGGCCACAUGGACCCACCUCGACCUGGAGCUCCCCCUAGUUUCCUGCCCCGUGGCAAGGUUCCCCUGAGGGAAGAGCGGCUGGAUGGGCCUCUCAAUCUGGCAGGCAGUGGUAUCAGCAGUAUCAACAUGGCCCUAGAGAUCAACGGGGUGGUCUACACUGGUGUCCUCUUUGCUCGCCGACAGCCUGUGCCAGCUUCCCAGGGCCCAACCAACCCUGUACCCCCACUCCCUACAGGGCCACCUUCCAGCACUUCACCCUGAGAACUCCCACUCAGAAUUAAGAGUCCCAGCCCCAAUGCUGAGUGGGCCCCCCCUCACCUUGAUUCUUCUAGGGCACCCAGUCUAGGACCCAGCCCUGGGAGAUGACACCCCCACCCCCACCCAUCCAUGCCCUGUGGACUUGAAGCCAAAGAGUUUUCUUUUGAUGUUACAUCUACCUCAUUGUAAAGGGAGAGCACCUCCUCCCUGGCCAACUCCAGCAGCAUCUACCAAAGAGUUCUGCCCUCCCUAACCCCCAUCAUUUCCUCAUGUGCCUCCCUGUGUCAGUGUCAUCUCUAGGACCCCACCUCUUCAAAUCAGACCUGCUUCUCCUCAGAAGCCAGGUGAAGGGUUAGGUUGGGGUGUUGUGAAGGAGAUAUCCCUCAGGUCACAUCUGAAUAAUAAAGCUGCAGUCCCUCCCUC